AUGAUCGGCAUUGAUUUCAGCAACAAGACCUACGUCGUCACCGGUGGAAACAAGGGAUUAGGCAACGCCAUUGCCAAGGACGUCGCCAGAGCUGGCGGUAACGUUGUCAUGCUCUCUCGCUCAGAGGCUUCAGCAGCAGCUGAUGCUAUCGCUAAGGAGUUCAACGUCAAGGCCAAGUCAUACCAAUGUGAUGUUGGUAUUGAAAGCAAGGUUGACGAGACAUUUGCACAAAUCAUCAAAGACUUCGGUGAGGUUGCAGGUGUUGUUUGCAACGCAGGUGUCUCCGUACCAAAGCCAGCAUUUGAGCAAAACGAAGAAACUUUCGAUUACAUCAUGAAGAUCAACGUUCUCGGUUCAUUCAACAUUGCCAAGGCAGCUGCUAAGAAGUGGGUCGAGACUGGAUAUAAGAAGGGAUCCAUCGUUAUGAUCGCAUCCAUGUCAUCACAAAUUUACAACGUCCAAGGACCAGCUGACCCACUCCGUCAAGUAUUCUACAACGCAUCCAAGGCUGCUGUCAGCUCAGUUGCCAAGGGUCUUGCUGCUGAGUGGAUUGAGCACGGCAUCAGAGUGAACAUUGCAUCACCAGGUUUCAUCAAGACUGACCAAACUCAAGGUAUGGAUCCAAAGAUCCUUAACGCUCAAUCACAAUUGGUUCCAAUGAAGAGAUUCUCUGAACCAAGUGAACAAGCAUCACCAGUCGUCUUCUUGCUCUCAGAGCUCGCAAGCUACAUGACUGGUUCUGAAGUCUUUGUUGACGGUGGUUUCCUCAUCUACUAA